AUGAAGAUCAGCGGCCUCUGUGUGCUCACCCUGACCAUCCUCCUUUGCCUCCACAAGGAUCAGGCUGGAAACAUGAACAGAAAACUGACACCAAAACCUGGAUAUUGCCCGGAGUUUCAUCUUCGGUGUGAUUUCACAUUUAUUCCUCUGUGUCACCACGACAGACGUUGUAAGGGGGACAAGAAGUGUUGCUUCUACAACUGUAUAUUCAAGUGCAUGGAACCAUGGUGGACUUUGGAUUGA